AUGUAUCCAUGGCGUCAGGAAUGGAAGAAAGAAAAUCAGAAAGACAGGUCUAGGAUCUAUCUAUCUAUCUAUCAAUCUAUCUAUCUAUCACAGUAUUUUUAUAUCUAUCACAGGUUAUUCAUUUCCAUCUAUCUAUCUAUCUAUCUAUCUAUCUAUCUAUCUAUCUAUCUAUCUAUCACAGUAUUUUUAUAUCUAUCACAGGUUAUUCAUUUCCAUCUAUCUAUCUAUCUAUCUAUCUAUCUAUCUAUCUAUCUAUCUAUCUAUCUUUUUGUUAAUAUCUAUCAGCCUGUCACUUUUUGUUUCUAUCUAUCUAUCUAUCUAUCUCUAUCUAUCUAUCUAUCUAUCUAUCUAUCUAUCUAUCACUUUUUGUUUAUAUCUAAGUUUGUUCACAUCUAUCUCUAUAUCUAUCUAUCAAUCUGUCACUUUUUGUUUCUAUGUAUCUAUCUAUCUAUCUAUCUAUCUAUCUAUCUAUCUAUAACAUUUUUUAUAUCUAUUUAUCUAUCACAGUUUGUUUAUACCUAUCUAUCCCAGGUUGUUCAUAUCUAUCUAUCUAUCUAUCUAUCUAUCUAUCUAUCUAUCUAUCUAUCUAUCUAUCUAUCUAUCAAAGUUUGUUCACAUCUAUCACUUUUUGUUUCUAUCUAUCUAUCUAUCUAUCUAUCUAUCUAUCUAUCUAUCUAUCUAUCCCAGGUUGUUCAUUUCUAUCUAUCUAUCUAUCUAUCUAUCUAUGGCCGAUGCUAUCCCCUAUUCCCCAGGAUCUUGAUUCAAUUUUUAUUGCUGGUAAUAUUUUUUAUCUAUCUAUCUAUCUAUCUAUCUAUCUAUCUAUCUAUCUCAUUCUUUUCAUAUCUAUCCAUCGAUCUAUCACUCCGUUUUUCCAUAUCUAUCUAUCUAUCUAUCUAUCUAUCUAUCUAUCUUUCUGGCUGGCUGGCUGGCUGUCUGCAUUUCUAUCUAUAUAUCUAUCUAUUUCAAAAUCGUAUUGUUAACAAAAACCCGAUCUCUGUCCGAUUCCUCGAUGUGCCUAUCUAUCUAUCUAUCUAUCUAUCUAUCUAUCUAUCUAUCUAUCUAUCUAUCUAUCUAUCUAUAUUGUUUGGUAUAACAUAUUCUUUGAAUUAA